AUGUCUCGAGCUGAAGGUCCCGCACUACCUAUUGCUACUCAUCAACCAUCCGGCAAAAUAGUGCGUGCUUCACGUCCAACAUCAUCAACAAAUGAACAACCUCAAGUUCCGUUACUAGUUAUCAAUCGAUAUCGUGUAACAACAUUGAUUGGUUCGGGUUCAUUCGGACAUAUAUUUGAAGCAGAUGAUAUCCAUACACAUGAACAAGUGGCUGUGAAAUUUGAAUCUCAUUCUCUUCAAUAUCCACAAUUAGAAUAUGAAGCACGAGUUUUAAAACUGAUUUCAGGAACUGGUAUUCCUAAAAUAUUUUGGUAUGGUGAAAUCGAUGAUUAUAAUGUAUUAGUAAUGGAGAAAUUAGGUCCAAGUAUUGAAGAUCUUUUAUGUUAUUGUCGUCGAUCAUUUUCACUUAAAACUGUUCUUCUACUUGCUGAACAAAUGCUUAAACGUUUACAACAUAUUCAUUCACGUACAUUUCUGCAUCGUGAUUUGAAACCUGAUAAUUUCCUUAUGGGAGUUUUUGCUUGGUCACAUCGUUUGUAUUUAAUUGAUUUUGGUCUUUCGAAACGAUAUAUUGAUUCUAAAACACGACGUCAUAUUUUGUAUCGUGAAGGCAAAGGUCUGACAGGUACACCACGAUAUGCUUCAAUUAAUUCUCAUCUUGGCAAAGAACAAUCAAGACGUGAUGAUCUCGAAGCACUUGGCUAUGUUCUUGUCUAUCUUUAUGAAGGACGUUUACCAUGGCAAGGUCUUAAAGCAGCAGCUAAAUCGGCUAAAUAUGAAAAAAUAUGUGAACGAAAACUUCAUACAUCAGUAGAAUCACUUUGUAUAAAUAUGCCAAUUGAGUUUUCAACUUAUUUAAAAUAUUGUCGUAAUCUUGAAUUUACUGAUGAGCCCAAUUAUCAAUAUUUAUUAGAAUUAUUUGAUGAUCUUUUUGUAAGACACGGUUUUGUACGUGAUUAUGUCUAUGAUUGGAAUCAGAUUCGUUUUCGACGUGAAUCAACAUCAAUAUCGACAAGUAAUCGAGCACCGCCUAUACUUAAAAAUGACGGAACUCAGUCAAAUAUAAAAAUUUAA